CACAGCGAUGGGGGAAUGGACCAUCUUGGAGAGGCUGCUGGAAGCCGCGGUGCAGCAGCACUCCACUAUGAUCGGGAGGAUCCUAUUGACUGUGGUGGUGAUAUUCCGGAUCCUCAUUGUGGCCAUUGUGGGGGAGACAGUGUACGAUGAUGAGCAGACCAUGUUUGUGUGCAACACUCUGCAGCCCGGCUGUAACCAGGCCUGCUAUGACCGCGCCUUCCCCAUCUCCCACAUUCGUUACUGGGUCUUCCAGAUAAUAAUGGUGUGUACCCCCAGUCUCUGCUUUAUCACCUACUCUGUGCACCAGUCUGCUAAGCAGCGAGAACGCCGCUACUCUACUGUCUUCCUAGCCUUGGACAGGGAACCCCCUGAGUCCAUGGGGGGUCCUGGAGGAACCGGGAGUGGAGCCAGUGGCAGUAGCAAACGAGAAGAUAAGAAGUUGCAAAAUGCCAUUGUCAAUGGGGUGCUGCAGAACACAGAGAACACCAGCAAGGAAGCGGAGCCAGAUUGUUUAGAGGUUAAGGAGCUGACCCCACACCCAUCAGGGCUGCGCACUGCAGCACGAUCCAAGCUCCGAAGGCAGGAAGGCAUCUCUCGCUUCUACAUUAUCCAAGUGGUGUUCAGAAACGCCCUGGAGAUUGGGUUUCUGGUGGGCCAAUACUUUCUCUAUGGCUUCAGUGUCCCGGGGUUGUAUGAGUGUGACCGCUACCCCUGCAUCAAGGAAGUGGAAUGUUAUGUGUCCCGGCCUACUGAGAAGACUGUCUUUCUAGUGUUCAUGUUUGCUGUGAGUGGCAUCUGUGUUGUGCUCAACCUGGCUGAACUCAACCACCUGGGAUGGCGCAAGAUCAAGCUGGCUGUGAGAGGGGCCCAGGCCAAGAGGAAGUCAGUCUAUGAGAUCCGCAACAAGGACCUGCCCCGGGUCAGUGUUCCCAAUUUUGGCAGGACUCAGUCCAGUGACUCUGCCUAUGUGUGAAGGGACAGGUUUGAGGAAGGCCCGGGGAAUGAAAGAAGCCCCAAGGCAGAACUGCUCAGAGAGUGGCUCUAGCUGCCCUCACCAUUGAGACAUAGGACAAGACUGGUUGAGAGAAGACCUUGCAUCAGUGCGAGAGGAGAAAAAGUAGA